AACUCGUUUGCUAGUCAUAUUCACUCCUGCAACUUUGAUCGCAGCAACAGAACACACAGAACUAUCUCACUAUGACAGGAACAAAUUCCUUGAGUGCGGACAACGUCCUCGAUCUCGCAGCCAAAGCUAUCGGCAGCCAGCCGAGUCUCCAAACAGCUUAUGAAGCUGUGGCUCUGAUCGGCCAUGCCUGCAUGGCAGCGGUGGACUUUCGGCUAGUGGGACUUGGAGAAGAUCACAAUCUAGAUUCAUCAGCAGAGUCGCCCGCCCUCCCCACCGAGUGGAAUGCCAACUCCACCUUUGCCUUUCGAUAUGCGCACCCACAAUCCUCGAUGCAAUACUUGCUCAAAGUGAGCCGUCUCGGAAACAAUGCCGUGGUUUUCGCACUGGCUCUGGGCGAUGACCGCACCAGCUCCUUCGACAUCCCCACCAAAGACUACAUCUCCGCAUCCGCGCUCCCAUUCUCGCAAACCGAAAACCUCACCAGUUCACUCCGUGACGUAUUUAUAUCAACAGCUCGGCUGAGUGAUUUGAUCGGAGAGUUCAAGAUCAAUGUGAUCCAGAAGCUCGCGCCGGGAAUUUACAAGGAAGGCUACGAGGCUCCGAGUCAGGCCUCACGGGAGCAACCCGAGGCUUCGCGCCAGCGCGAUCGGCUUCGUGAUGACUCCCUUCCUCAGCCUGCGCGUCCAUAUCCUUUUGAUGAUCCCUUAGCUACUGCUCCCCGGCAACCGAAUCCGGCACCCGAUUUUGCUCCUCCCGGGUUCGAGGAUGAGUUUGAGAUCAACCGCCCCCCGCGUGGGUUCCCACCCGGUUUCCCUGGUGGUCGAAAUCCGUACAACAUUGGUGAACGUGAUCUCUACCCUGCUGGUCUAGGGCCGAAUGAUCCACUGCGUGGAACGAUGGGUCCGGGCUUUGGUCGCGGUGGCGGUAUGCAUCCAACCUUUGAUGAUCCCCUCUUCGGAGGCACUGGUGGAGCCGGCGGUGGUUAUGAUCCUCGGGCACCGCCUGGAGCACGCUAUGAUCCACCCGGACCUGGCUUCGGUCCUCCCUCUGGUCGUGGCCGGGGACCUGGAGGAGGCGGCUUUGGUGGAUUCGGAGGUGGGUUCGGCGGCGACAUUAUUUGAUGCGUUGGGAACGAAGAAAAGAUAGCUACUCAAUUUGACGAUUAAUGACUGCGAUGAUAAACUUAUGAAAUUCGGUUCUGGGAAAUGCGCUUCGUGAAAAUAUGUAUUAUUAAACAUUAAAUCUAAUCGUAUAUGUCGUUCGUAUUCCUCCAACAUUCCCAUCGCUCCACAUUAGUCCCCGCUUACUUCUUCAAUUCAAACUUGCUCUCCGUCUCCAACCAAGUUGCAAAGUCCUUUAAUCCAGGGUGAAUCUUCUUUACCUCCGCAAUAUCGGCCGCAUAACCCACAUCGUGGAACCAUUUGAACAUGUAUCCAAAGUCCUUCACCAUAUACAAUAUACCAGUCACCACGAAGCUGAACGUAGUCGGAACAUCCUGACCAGUCUUCUCCUUGAAGAUCUGCGCCCACUGCUCAAACGUCAACUCAUCACCCGCCAACGAAAUCGCACGACCCUUGUAAUCAUGCGCAUUCAGGAAGACUUCCGCCGCGACCGCGCCGAUAUCACUGAUCCCGACCAUCUGCAACGGCUUCCCCUUCAGCGCGAUCUUGAAGGCCGUCGCAAAGACCUUGCCCAUGAAGUCUGGGGUGAGAUCUUCGUAGAAAGCAGUCGGGCGAAGAAUUGUCCAAUCCAUUUGACCGUCUUUCGUCUUUUCGAUCAGAUAUUUCUCGAUGUCAUUCUUUUUGAUGAAAUGGGGGACGUCGGUUGGAUUUUCGAGGGACUUUUCGCCGUUGCGAUCGACCGAGGUAUAGACGAAGUGCUUGACGCCGUGUUUCAGAGCUUCGUCGAUUAGGCCCUUGCCUUGGACGUCUUCGGGGAUUUUGGUUCCGAUGGCG